GCCGUCAGGGCGGGCUUAAAGAGAGUCUAACCAAUCAGAGAGCGGGAAAGGGAGAUUGGCGUCCCCGCUGUCCAAUCGGAGCGCGGCGGAACGGGCGGCAGAAAGGGGGUGGCGGCGCGCUAAGAUGGCGGCGGUGUGAGGCCCCGCCGGUCGCGGUGCUGCCGGCCCGUCGGAUGGCGCUCGGCGCUCUGCUGAGGGCCGCGGCCUCGCUGGGCCGCUGCGGUACCGGGGCUCUCCCGCCCGCCGUCUCACCGUUCUGCCCGCCGCUGGCCGCGGGCAUGGCCACCCUCAACCAGAUGCACCGGCAGGGCCGGCCCAAGCCGCCCCCCCCCAAGCUGGGGGCCACCUUCGGCCGCCCCCAGAUCAAAGGGGUGGUGAUCAAGAACCUGAUCCGCAAGCCCAAGAAGCCCAACUCGGCCAACCGCAAGUGCGCCCGGGUGCGGCUGAGCACGGGGAAGGAGGUGGUGUGCUUCAUCCCCGGGGAGGGCCACAGCCUGCAGGAGCACCACGUCGUGCUGGUGCAGGGCGGGCGCACCCAGGACCUGCCGGGGGUGAAGCUCACCAUCGUGCGGGGCAAGUACGACUGCGCCCAUGUCCAGAAGAAGAAAAAGUGAGGGGGGGGGGGGGGGGG